AUGGUCGCACUACCGGAUUUGCAAUUUACCUCGCUGGACGAGAUUCCUUCGCGCAUCUCCACACUUCGCAAGACCUUCUUGGAGCACAAGACCCGCGACGUAGAGUUCCGCCUCGUGCAGCUGCGCAAGCUAUACUGGGCCAUCAAUGAUCAUGAAGAGGAGAUUAUGGAAGCCUGCGCUCAGGAUCUGGGCAAGCCUCGGUUCGAGACUAAUCUUGCGGAGAGCAAAUGGCUCCUCAACGACAUUGUUUUCACAACGCGCAACUUGCACAAAUGGGUGAAGGAUGAGAAGGCCCCCGAUAUCGAUCUGGCGUUCAAGUUCAUGAACCCCAAGAUCAGAAAGGAUCCUCUGGGAUGUGUGCUGGUCAUUGGUGCCUUCAACUUCCCCUUCCAGCUGACUAUGGGUCCCGUCAUCGGUGCUAUCGCCGCUGGAAACACCGUAGUGAUCAAGCCCAGCGAAAAUGCUCCGCGCAGCGCCGCUGUGAUGCAAAAGAUUGUUGAGGCGAGUCUCGAUCCCUCGUGCUACACAAUGAUUCAGGGCGGUAUCCCUGAAACACAGGCCCUGCUUGCCGAACGGUGGGACAAGAUCUUCUUCACGGGAGGUGCCAACGUCGGACGGAUCAUCGCCAAGGCUGCAGCUCCCCAUCUAACUCCCGUGGUGCUCGAGCUGGGCGGUAUCAACCCAGCCAUUGUGACCAAGAAUGCAGACCCGAGACUUGUGGCCCGCCGCAUGCUCUGGGGUAAGCUCUUGAAUGCUGGCCAGCUCUGCACCUCGCAGAACUACCUCCUUGUCGACAAGUCGCUGGUUCCUCGAGUCGUGGAGGAGUUCAAGAUCGCUUAUAAGGAGUUCUAUCCCCAGGGUGCUAAGAACUCGCCCGAUUAUUCGCGCAUCGUCAAUGCAGGCGCUUUUGCCCGUCUGAAGUCUAUGCUUGAUAACACUAAUGGCAAGAUCCUGAUGGGUGGCACUAUGGAUGAGAAGGAGCUGUUCAUCGAGCCCACCGUUGUGCAGGUUGAGUCGGUUGAUGACUCCAUGUGUACGCAGGAGAGCUUCGGGCCUUUCAUUCCCAUCUUGGCUGUGGAGAACCUCGAUGAGGCUAUCCAGCUGGCCAAUGGUGUCUGUGACACGCCGUUGGGUCUUUACCCCUUCGGUAACAAGGCUGAUGUCCAGAAGAUUGUGUCUUCCACCCGUUCCGGUGGCGUUUCCUGCAAUGACGCUGCUCUGCACAUCCCAACAUUGGCCUUCGGCGGCGUCGGCGAGAGUGGCAACGGUGCUUACCGUGGCCGCUCCAGCUUCGACGUCUGGGUGCACCGUCGUACCAUCACCUCCACCCCAAGCUGGCUGGAGUCCAUCCUGGCUAUCCGCUACCCACCGUAUGCCGGCAAGAUCAGCAAGUUCAAUGCUGCCAGUGUACUGCACCCCGACUUCGACCGCAACGGCAACAAGCUGGCUCUCGGCUGGCUGCGCUGCAUCCUGACUCUAGGCGGGGGCAGCGCGAAGGCCGGAGCUGGUCGAGCUACCGUUGCUGCUGCCAGUAAGUAA